CUUUCAGCAACGGACGACCAUGCAGAUGGGAGGUAUCAAUACCAGCACUACCUCACCUAUUGUUGAAAUCCCCCUGAGGAAGGCGCUUGAAUGGAAAUCAUUCAAAACUCUGAUUUUCUACACUUCGACUUCAUCUCUAUCAAAUUCAAAUUUGAAGCUCUGCUGGAGACUUCAAUCCAAUGCCGCUCGCAACAUUGAAUCGCAGGACCAAACGCGGCUCAGAGCGAGUUAGUUCAGCAAAUUGUUGCGAAGAAGCGGAAUCCGAACCUUCUGAAAACGUAUCAGCAGUACUAUCGUGACGUGCAGAGUCUGAUUCAUUUUUGCGAUUACGAAGUGGCAUCAGUGCGGCAGACCAC